GGGCGGGCGGGCGUGGGCAGCGGCAGACCAAUCGGCGCCAGGCGCGGCGUCUUUUAAACGUCUUUUGCGCUGGGGGACGGCUGCGUGUUCCGCUGUGUUUGGGUCCUUUGGCCGCCGCGGAGCGCGGAGCGAUGCCGAGCCGCCCGGAGGACUACGAGGUGCUUCUCACUAUCGGCGCCGGUUCCUACGGCAGGUGCCAGAAGGUGCGGCGGAGGUCGGACGGCAAGGUGAGUAGAUGCUGCGAGCGGGGGAGGGGGGCCGCCCCGGAGGAUUGUGGGAAACCCGGAGGAUUGUGGGAGCCCUUCUGAAGCCAUGCGGAAGGGCAGGGCCAGGGGUGGGAACGCUGUGCUUCCCCAGAUGUUGUUGUGUUACAAUUCCCAUGAUUCUCUCUGACCAUGAGAAGAGCCCUACUGGAUAAGGCCAAAGGCCAUAUUAUAUUAUUAGUGUUAUUAUCAGUGUUUUUUCCCUAAAAAAAUGUUUAGGGGUACUCUCAUUUUGACUCAAGAAAAUCACCAUUUUAUAGUUCAAAUAGGGAAAAAUAGAUAUAGUAAAUGGACAAAAGUACAAAGAUUCACAAUGUUUAGGGGUAUGCGUGGCCCUGCACCCCCCCCCCCCAGAAAAAAACACUGAUGAUGAUGAUUAAUUUACUUAGUUAUAUGUCAUCAGAUUGGUCUCUACUUACACCCAGAAUUUCAGUGUCAAGGCCAGCUGCUGUAAAUUAGAGCAGGGGUAUCGUUUUCCAAGAAUGGUCCAGCAGCUCUCUUAUGCAAACAUAGCAGUAGGAGCAGCAAAUACAGUGCAGGAAGAAGUUUUAUCUGCUCUGCAGUUCCUCCGGCUACUCCUUUCUCUGCUGGGGGUUUCAUCCAGCGUCCUUCUCUCAUAGUGGCCAGUGGGAUGCCUCAGGGAAGCCAGUAAUCAAGCCCACUCCUGCUAUUUUUCCCCAGUGACUGGUAUUCAGAGAUAUGCUGUCUCUGGCACUGAAGGUGGCAUGCAGCCAUUGUGAUGAACUGAUAGCCUUAUCAAUGCUCAUGUAGCCUGGAGCUGAAGGCAAUUGGAGUCUAAGGAAAGCUGAAGGCCACAAAUUCACUAUCCCUGUCUUAAAACAUAUGCAUAGGGAUACCACCAAAGAAAGCUUGAUGCAAAACAAAGCUUGGAAUCAGAAACAGACUUCAAUGUUAGAGCUCAGCCCUGGUGCAAAAAACCAUUUCUCUGAGCUCCCCCCUAUUCCUGUUUUUACUACUGCACCACAACACAGGCCUUCUAUGCAAGCUGUGUUCCUGCUAUUUUUUUUCUUUUAUGCCUCCCACCCCUAAAAGCCAAAUGUGUGGCCCCAGUCUUUGUAUUUGUGGGUGUGGUGAAGAGGGACAAGAUGCUGCUUUCUAGGGAUGCUUCCUGACGUACAGGUGGCUCUAUAGCUCACUACUUUAGUUUCCUUACUUGAUUGUUAGUUGCUAAUGUGGCUUUUUCCUUCUGCUGGAAACAGUGUGGUCUCUGACUUCUAAUAUUCUUGUUCAGGAACUGGGCUAAGGUCUUGGCUGCUGCAUCUCUGCUUCAGAAACAGUCUUUCUCUACCUGGACUUCUGGGCAUGGGACCUGAGACACUAUAUCUAUAUGCUAGCAAAAGCGUCAGAUUGGUUCUGGCACAUGAAAGGAUUCCCCAACCUCAUUAGAACAUUGUACUGUGUUGUGCUCUUAAUUCUGCAGUUGUGCAUUAGGUUGGCUAGACGUUUAGAAGGAAGUUGCUGAUUUUGUUUAUUAGUAUGUUUGGUGUGCGGAGAUUUACCAUGAGCAAAAUCCCAAAUUACAAAGCCACCACAAGUGAAUCUUGCACUAAUAAAAUGAGGUGUGAAUCUCUCUGUGGAAGCAGUGGAGAUGAGGUCAGGUUUGCUGCUGUUGGGUGCGGGCGUGAGAUUUAUAUUGGUUUAAAGUAAGAUGCUAGUCCACUGAGCUUUUAAAAUCCUUGUAUUGUUUACGUUUUUUUGUAUGUUUAUUGUCUAGAGAUGGCUUGCUCCUUUUUUUCAGGUCUUGGUCUGGAAAGAACUUGACUAUGGAUCUAUGACAGAAUCUGAAAAACAGAUGCUUGUUUCUGAAGUGAACUUGCUUCGUGAAUUAAAACAUCCAAAUAUUGUCCGGUAUUAUGACCGUAUAAUUGACAGGACAAAUACAACACUUUAUAUUGUGAUGGAAUACUGUGAAGGUGGAGACCUGGCAACUCUGAUUGCAAAAUGUACAAAAGAAAGGUAUGUAAAACUUCUGGAUUAUCAUGACAUUAUCUUGUGCUGUAGGUUAUUAAAUUAGUUAUGAGAGGUUACAGGUAUUUUAAGCCAGCAACCAGAAAUUUUGAGUUUUAAUUUUUGAGCCAACUGUCAUUGAGGGUGCAAGAUUAUUGCUGAGCAGAGAUGCCAAUUUUUACCACACUGAUGAAAUUUUAUUUUCCACUUGGCAAGAUGUUAACCCAUACAGGCAAUCAAGUAGUUUGCUUUAAAAAGGUAAAGGGACCCCUGACCGUUAGGUCCAGUCAUGGACAACUCUGGGGUUGCGGCGCUCAUCUCACUUUACUGGCCGAGGGAGCUGGCGUACAGCUUCUGGGUCAUGUGGCCAGCAUGACUAAGCCACUUCUGGCAAACCAAAGCAGCGCACGGAAACGCUGUUUACCUUCCCGCCAGAGCGGUACUAUUUAUCUAUUUGCAAUUUGACGUGCUUUCAAACUGCUAGGUUGGCAGGAGCAGGGACUGAGCAACGGGAGCUCAGCCCGUUGCGGGGAUUCGAACUAAGAUUACUUACUACACAAACUGCCUACUUGUGGGAAAAUGACAGUUUGCUUGGACAUGCACGCACGCUUUCCUAAGUAAUUACAUACUUAGUAAAUGUUGUCUUUAUUCCCUGUAAUCCUCUGGAAGAAUAUUCCUGUGGAUUCUUUUAUUUAUUUUUUAUUACUUCAGUUUGUUUUCCCCCCUUUAGAAUAGGAUAGCUACAAGAGAGUAUCAAGGAAAUGAGGACAAUGUCCUGUGCAUUUUAAAACAUUAAAUUGGCUGUUCUAGAUAAAUGACCUGGCAACUAAAGAAAUAUACAGUGAGAGAGGCCUUAGCCAUGGAUAUCACCCUUGUCAGUAGUGAGCACUACAAUAUAGGUGUGAUAAUCCUACACAACAUGAUAUACUAAAUUUGAAAUGCAUCAAAAUCUUUGACUUAAGACUUAAAAAAUACAAUUUACGGUUUGCUCAUAAGGAACCCAUGUCCCUCUGUAAAAUAACCUAAAAGUUGGAAUGUCUUGCACUUGGCUUUAUAAAAUUAAAUAAAUAAAAUGUCUUAUUUGUUGAGCUGGAAUCCUUCUGUUUUGGCGCUGCAUUUUCCUGUGUUUAAAAAAACUGGUGAAAAGUUUAGUCUGCUAGCAAAUAAUGAAAUGAUUGUGGGGGCUUUCAAGUAGUUGCCCAGAGAUAGAAUAUCCUUUGAGAUAGCUACAGUUUGGCAUUGGGAAAAUAAAAAUAAAACCUGCAGUUUUACCCGAUCCAUGCUUGGAUGAGUAAUAUUAGAAAAAGCUGUCUCCCAAAUUCUUUGUCAGAGGGCCUGGAGCAGCAGCCAUGCCUCUCUUGGAUGCAGGUUUGUAGAAGAUAAACAGCAACUUUAGAUUCUGAUCUACUCUAAACUGCUGUGCAAGUGAGACAAGAGUCUGCCUCUUGGACUUGGGGAAAGAGGUGGGGAUUUUUCUCACUUGUGUGGAAGUUUGAAUAAGAUAAUGACUAGCAGGAGAGAUUCCUUGUCUGGCAUGCAUGCAGAUUUAGAUAAGACUGUCUCUCUUCCAAAUGCUCUGUGUAUUGGAGGUCUUCAGAGGUUCAGUAAUAUGGCAGUGAGAAACAAGAGUGUCUCCUGUUCUUUUCUUCACUGUUAGCAUAAUUGGGAAAUUGCUGCCUCAGAAAGGACAAGGGAGCAGGGAGAUAAUACCAAGGACAAAUGGGAUUUAGAUAAUAAGACAAGGCAAUAUUUGUGGGAUUCUUUCAGGGGAUUAUAGUUAGCUUUCAGUUACUUUCAUGUAUGCUUGUGACCAAAACACAUAUAUCCAAAACACAUUAUCCAAAGAAAUGAAUGGCAACCAUUCACUUCUACAGGAUGGGAAAAUUGUUGCACUUGGGGAACACCUGUUGAAUGGGGGUGCAGUUUUGGCCCCUGGGGACUCAAGCUACUUAGCUUCACCCCUAUUCUAUCUGCAUAGACCCAUGUUUUGAGUUUCUUUACUAAAGUAAUGGAAUAUUUGAAAAUGGGCUGAGAGAGAGAAUGGAUUUUGGCUUAAAGGUACUCAAAAUAACCAGUUGUUUCUUCUUUCAAAAGACAUUAUGUGGAAGAAAACUUUGUCCUUCGCGUCCUCACUCAGCUGACCUUGGCUUUGAAGGAGUGUCACAGGCGGAGUGAUGGUGGCCACACUGUGCUUCAUCGGGACCUAAAGCCAGCAAAUAUCUUCCUUGACGGCAAGAAGAAUGUGAAGCUUGGUGACUUUGGCCUGGCCAGGAUACUUCACCAUGAUACCAGUUUUGCAAAAACAUUUGUUGGCACACCAUAUUAUAUGUCUCCAGUAAGUAUCCCAAGAUGAAAGCAACUGCUUUAGAUUUUGAGCAUUUUUCCUUUGUGAUUGCCAGAUCUAACUUACCUUUCAGCAGCAGUUCCUUAAAUUAAUUGGUAUCUAAUAUAGCAUGUUUUGUUUUGUCUACUAAAUACAAGUCAAAGUUUACCAUGCUGUAUACUGUAUAAAAUAUCUCCAGAAUGUCUUUCAGAGAACAGAAAUAACAACUGAAAUAUUUAAUAGAGAAGAAUUAAAUAAAUUACACUGGUUUAAAUGUUGUGUUUAGCUGGAAAAUUAUGGUAAAACUUGUAAAUAUUGACACAAUUGUUUUACAAUAUUUAUAUACAGCUUGAUCAUAAAAAACUGUGUAGUUUACAAAUAACAGAACAACACUGGAAUUGUCCAUAAGAAAAGUUAAAAGCAGGUAAUUUUAAAAAAUGCAAAACCUACUUAAAAUCAACAGGGGGCUUAAAACAUGUCAACUCAUAGUGAUGGAAAUUUAAUUGCAUGUGCUUCCUUAACAGAUUUUGGAGCCUUCAAUCUUUUCUUAAUAUUUAAAUGUUAACAUGCUAAUAUAUGCUUCCUAAGGGGAGUCUUGAGUGAAUUGCAGCUUAGAAACUGCUCUGUUUAAUUGGUUUCGUAUCAUUCAUUGUUGUUAAUUUUAUGAAUCUAGAAAAGGGGAAAAAUAACGGUAAAUUUCACUAAGAAAAGCAAACCUUAACCCUCUUAACACCAACUGCUGGAGACAGGUUUGAAUUCCAAUAUGACUUUCCUCUUUCAAUGUUAUAUUGACACAGUCAAGUCAAAAGGUGGACAAGUUGAUAGUCCUAAAAUACAGUAAGCAGCAAGUAUGAGUUAGCACUAAAAGUGUUAUUGCCAUCAAGGAAUGCUACUUACUAUGUGUUUUUUAAUGCUUAACUCCAAAGCAAUACUCCAGAAUGCAUACUGGUAACCAAUUUUGUGGCCACAUUUCAUCUAAUUUGCAAACUAAUUAUUAAGCACUUAGUACUAAUAUAUUCUGUUUCCUCCCGUUAGGAACAAAUAAAUCGCAUGUCCUACAAUGAGAAAUCUGACAUCUGGUCUUUAGGAUGUCUUCUCUACGAGUUGUGUGCGUUGUCGUAAGUAUAGUACCAGCCAAAAGUUUCUAGGCAGGCAUUUGGCAGCAUUUAAACUCAUUUCACAGUAUAGCCAUGCUCUUGAGAAGAAGCAACUAAAUCAAAACAUGGGCACCAAAACAUUCUAGAAAGAACAAAUAAAUAAGAAUUCAUUUCAAGUUGAUGCUGUGGUGAAGUGGAAGAGCAUGUUUGUUCACUCUUUCUAGGCCUCCAUUCACAGCCUUUAACCAAAAAGAGUUGGCAGAAAAGAUAAGGGAAGGGAAGUUCAGACGGAUCCCAUACCGUUAUUCAGAUCAGCUGAAUGAACUCAUCACAAAGAUGCUGCACCUAAAGGUAAGGGUGAUUUCUCAAGGGUACAAAGGGUGGUGUCCAACGAGCUGCUGGUGGAAGCUUCUGCCCUCAUUCUUGGCCUAUUGCCUAUCAUAUCCCCAAAGAAGGAAGUGUUUAUGACCCUUCCAUAUUAGUUUUUGAUGCAGCAGAGGUGGCUGCAGUCAAACCCAAUCCAGACAAAUUAUGUAUACAUAAUUUGUUCCCCAAAUGUGCUGCUGCCUGAAAAAAACUUGCAGUGGCUUGUUAAAUGUAACAUUUCUGCACAGUGACUAUAAUAAGUCUCCCUGAUUUCAAGGAUUACUGUCGGCCUUCAGUUGAAGAAAUUCUGCAGAACCCUCUGAUAGCCAGCCUGGUAUUGGAGGAGCAAGGAAGAAACUUGGAGAGAAGAGGGCGACGAUCAGGAGAGCAAGAUAAAGUAGAAAGACUUUCAGGAACUCCAGUGAAUGAGCUGAAACUGAAAGAGCAGCAGCUACAAGAGAGGGAGCGAGCCAUAAAAGAAAGAGAACACAGGCUAGAACGUAAGAACUAAUGCAGCAGUGGGAUGUGGGGGUUGGAUUCCUGCUCCAGCAGUGCCUUCAAUGGGGAGUGGGAUGCAUCCUUUCGGUGACAUGAAGGAAACAUUAAUACAGUUCUUGCAAGGUAAAGGACCCCUGGACGGUUAAGUCCAGUCGAAUUCGACUGGGGUGCAGCGCUCAGCUCCACUUUCAGGCCAAGAGAGCCAGUGUUUGUUCACAGAUAGCUUUCCGGGUCAUGUGGCCAGCAUGGCUAAACCACUUCUGGUGCAACAAGACACCGUGACAGAAGCCAGGGUGCACGGAAACACUGUUUACCUUCCCACUGCAGCAGUACCUAUUUACUCGCACUGGUAUGCUUUCGAACUACUACGUUGGCAGGAGCUGUGACAGAGCAGCGGGAGCUCACCCCGCCUUGCAAAUUCGAACUGCUAACCUUGUAAUUGGCAAGCCCAAGAGGCUCGGUGGUUUAGACCACAGCACCACCUGCAACCCAUCACAUUUCUUGCAUGCAUGAUGUGGCAGCACAAUUGGAAAGAAUGAGGGUCAAGUCAUAUGUAACUUGGUAUGCACCUGAAUAGAUGAUAUAUUCAACUAAUAGUUUCAUGGUGCAAUCAUGGUGUCUAAACAUGGAUGCAGUGACACUACUGUACUUGCGUGUGUUUUCCCUUAUGGAUCUUGUUUAUCCUUUUAUAAUAAGCCAAGGACUCUGUUCAUAGAAGCAGAGGGACUUCACAUACUAUGCAGGUUGCAUGCUGCUUUCCCCAUGGGCCAUUUACUGGUCAGAAUAAAAAGCUGUCAUAGGUGCACACUGUUUGCAAUUGGAUAACAUGGCUUGUCUUUUGUUCCAGAGAGAGAGCGGGAACUGUGUGUUCGGGAGAGACUGGCAGAAGAAAAACUGGCUAGGUUGGUUUUAAAAUGUCUAAAAGUGUCUUGUUUUGAAAAAGGCUUUUCUUUUAUUAACCAGCUCCUUUCUAAACAGGGCUGAGAACAUGGUGAAGAAUUACAACUUAUUCAAGGACCAGAAGCUAUUGCAGCCAGCGACAUGCCCAGGUAGGAGAAGAUGUUGGAAGCUCUUAACGGACUGCUAAACCAGGAAUCCCCAGAUGCUACCAGCCUUAGUACUAGUGACCUCUCUAGUAAUGCUGCUUCUAUGGUGGAUAUUAAGUCAGCUUUCCUGGCGGCUCCAGUAUGUUUUAAUACUGGCAGCAGCUUAGGGUGGGCUUAAUAUGUGUAUGAAGGGGCCAGAUUGAGGCCCACUGUGGUGUUACUUCCCUUUGCCAGUAGUAAAUGCUGGAUACUUCAAGCUGUUGAUGCUCCUCAUCUGUAUGGUAAACCAUGACUUUAAGAGGAGGCUUCUGAAAUGCUGUAUACUGUGAAUUUCUUGAAGGUUUGGUCAGGGGCAGAGGUGUUUGACAUCUUUGCCACUCAGACAAAUGAAGAGUUGGACAACCUAAACCUCUCUGCUUCUCUUUGCCUCUGCUACUUAACUGCUAAGCCUAGUUUAGAUACCACUGCUACCCAAAAUGGGAGGCACCAUGACUUCAAUGAAUAUUUUCUAUAAUUCAGCUGUCACUUUCUAGUGCCAGAUCUAUGUGUGUGCAUUAUACCUCUGUCGUCUUAUAUGUUUGCAAUUUGGAGCCAAUUUUGGCUUGCUUGAACUCUAUAAAGCUAAUCCUGAAAUAAAAUAUAUUUUAACUUACCAUUUUGUAAAUGGCUGUGCAAAGAGGCUAAUUUAGGCUAACUUGGGGUUUAUAUGAUGGUGACUUACUAGUUAGUAGGUUUUUGUUCUUGGAGGCCAUUUAGAAUGGGCUGUACAUAUCCAAACUAGAUGGGGAUUUAAGCCUCAUUCAAAAGCAGCCAAAAUACAGGUAGCUUUUCUUUGACUGUAGUCUAGUCAAUUUUCAUAUAUCUUGCUUUAAAACACUGCACUUCUAGGUUCUAUGCUGUUUUCUAGGAAUAUAGCCUGGGAUACCAUGAACUGAUGCAGCUUGAUUUUUUUCUUUAAACUUGACUUUUCUUUGGGACCCCACCUCUUUAUUUCAAAAGCUGUUUGUCAGGCAGCAUGAGUGGCCUCAUAAAUAAUAAACAGAAGCCUAAAACCCCAUGCAGCUAGGUGUGGACUUCCAGAAGCCUACCAGAGUAACUGCCAAGGGGUGUCUAGUCAACGCAAAACCCAAAUUCUAGUAUGUUGCUGUUUGAGCAAUAGUCCUAGUAAAGAAAUCCAGCGAAUAAUGUAGCCUCUUUAAAAUACCAUUUUUCCUUGUGGAUAAUGGCUUUUCCUUCAAAAUCACAGACAAGUCUUCGCUUAUCACCACAAACUUAAAUGAUGAUAGAAUUCUUAUUUAUAUGACUUAUCAAAAAGGAAUGGUGUGAUAUCAAAGCAUCUUCAGGAAGUGAACUUCUUUGUAGUCUUCCAAUCAAAAUGAAGCUUCUGCAAAAAAUAUAUAUAUAUUUUUCACUCCAGCUCUGUGUUCUAAGGGACCUGCUUCACUGGGCAAACCCACUUGACUUGAGUAAUAAUUUAACAAUUGCAUUAUCUGGGUGAUACCCCUUUGAAACUAAUGGACCAAAGUUCAUUGAUUUCAGGGAGUACAUUCAGAAUAUUACCUAGCUGGAUGCUGUCCUGUAAUAAUACAGCUCUUGCAUAUAAGCCUUUUAUUAUUCCAUAUGCAGGCUGUAUUCUAUGUCAUGUAUGGUUUUACUUAUCAUUAAAAUAUGUAAUUUUUCGUUGGGGGUAUUGAAAGUCCUUGAAAGGUGGGCUUGCUGAAUUUGCCCAGUGUUUUCUGGGCCUUCACAUCUCCUGUGGCCAAAGAACUCUGAAAGCAUUGCAGUUAAGCUGUAUCAAAAAGGUAAUCUACAGUGCCUUACAAUGAGGUAUUAAAGUCUAUUCAAAACUAUUGUAAAGGAAUCCUGACUAGUGGGCUCUUUUAACACAAGAAUCCCCCUUACAAAAUAUCUAAUUCUGCAUGCCCACUAGUCACCUUUUUAAUAUACUUUUGAUGUGAGAAAUUGCUUGGCUAAAUUACCACCAUUCAUGGUAAGCAAAGCUGUAUACACACCAGUCUCACUAUCCAAACACAAUGUGUAUUCAGGAAAUCAUUUGUUAGGUGACUGUUUAUGUAAUUGGUCAAUGAUUGCCAUAGAUUCUUGGGGGGAGGGAAUUCUAAAGUGUUGCCAACCAUGGAAUUCUGACCCUAAAAUGACAACAAAGCUCUCUGAAACCUUGCAAAAGGCAAACAAGGAAAGAAAAAUGCUCUUAUUUGUCGAAUCUUACCCCCACCCCGCCCAUGGUUUCUGGCAAAUGGCUGCCACAGACUAGCAAAACACAAGCAGCCUUUUUAUUUGUUUACAGUUCAACACACAAGUCUGCCUCUUUGAAUAUCUACUUCUACAUUCAGGCAAUUCUUUGUGAUAUUGGUCCAGCUUGUGAAUCACAGUAAACCACAGUUAAUGGUUUGCUAUGAGCAAGCUGCUCUCCACUUGCGCUUCCACAAUUCCACAAUUAGUGUUAGGUUCAAGUCAGGCAUCAUAGUUUGUUUCACUCCUAGGAAGUCAAGAUCUGUAGUUAAGUUUGUUCUUGGCUUACUAAUCCUGUGUUUCUUGGAGCUAAGCAGACAACAUCUGUCUUAGCAUAAUGCUAAGCUAAAGAACACGAUCUGUUUCUCCUGUUUUCUAGCAUCAAGGAGCAAAGUGCCACGGAGCAGCAUGCUCAUGACAAACCAUUAACUAUGGUUUACUAUGAUGUGCAAAGGAGGCCCAGUGACUCCUCAGAAAAAGAGGCAUAGUAAAGACAGCUAUAUUAUUGAUCUUUAGCUAUUGUCUAGAAUAUGUACCCAAAAUCGAGAUAUGGUUCCAUGACAUAUAGUGCAGGGAUUACUUUCAGGUUUUAGAUAUAUGCUGCAGUUGAAGUGGGCUAACAUACCACGGAUGAAUGGGUUUUGAAGCUGAACAUUUUGUGGGCUUGUUAUAUAUAUAUCCCCACACUAUCAAUGUAAAUGGUACAUUGUCCAAGGUAGGUCAGAGAAGGGAUGGAUAAGUGGGAGAAAACAAUACAAUGGCAUGCACUUGGGGUUUGGUUGGCUGGGGAUAAAGACAAAUACAAUGGUGUAGCCACAGAUUGGCAGUGCAUUCCCAAGUUCUGGAACAGACAUGAGAGCAAGUAGCAUUCAGUAUCUUCAGAGUUGGGACCUUCUCCUACCUGCUGUUCACUAGGAGUGUUGGACUAUAACUUCAUCAUCUCUGACUAUGCUGCUGGCAACUGAUAAGUUGUUCAAAACAUCUGGAGGGCAAUAGAUUGGAGACGACUGCUUUUACCUAACUCAAGGAAAGUUGGGCCGUUUUUCAUUUUUAGCUGUGUUCUUUUAGUUGCCCAAUUUUCCUCAGUUCUCUCAUGACUUGAACAAAUAAAAAUAUUAUUGCUGCUGCUUCCAGUAGAAUCUUAGGUUAUGUCCAUCAGUUGAUAAGCAGCGUCAGUGCUACUUCCAGGGUCUAGACACUCCUUCAAAACUGCCAAAUUACUGACCUCUCCCUCAGUUUCCCAGAAGAAGAGGAUGAAGUCAGUGGAUGUUGGCUCUCCUUGUUGCAUCAUUAUUAGGAGAUGACAGCUGAAGGUGGGCCUGAGGCUUCCACGCAUUGGCAGUGGGGUGCUCUCCUUAGACAUGGGCAUUGGCAGCUGCCCAUCAUUGCUGACAUCUGACACUUCCCUUGACCAAUGGAGAAGAAAUCUGUUUCCAAAUUGAAGACUGAGCUUGGGAUACUUAUACCAUGAUUAAUCAUUGCUCUUAGAUCAAGGAUGGGGAACCUCCAGAUGUUGCUAGACUUCUGGCUCUUAGAACAGGGAGACCUGCAUUCAAAUCCUUCCUCGGCUACAAAAUUUGCUAAGUAAUCGUGGGCCAAUUUCUCUUGGCAUAAACUGUCUCCCAAGCUGGCUGUGACCAUGGGGAUAUUCAGUCUGAGACCAUGUCUGCACCAUACAUUUAAAACGCUAUGAUGCCACUUUAAAAGUCAUGGCUUCCUCCAAGCAAUCUUAGAAGUUGUAGCUUGUUAAGGAUGCUAAGAGGUGUUAGGAGACACACACACACCCCCCCCGCUCCCCUUCCAUAGCUACAAUUUUCAGAGUCCUGUGGGAGGAACAGUUGAUUGGUCAACCACUUUGAGAAUUGGAAUUCUGGUAGAGGAAUAGGGAUCACCUAACAACUCAGCAUCCUUAGCAAACUACAGUUCCCAGAAUUCUUUGGGGGAAGUCAUGACUGUUAAAGUGGUCUGAUACUGCUUUAAAUGUAUUGGUGGAUGUGGCCUGAGUUACUACGAAGAGCAUAAGCAUGUAAUAAAAUCAUUCAGUGAAACCACCCUUUUGUAUGGAACAUGUAGCUUCCUGUGCAGUGUAAAAUAAUAAAAACACAUAACACUAAAACUCAGUAAAGGAGCAGUGUUAUAUACUGUGGGUGUAAGGAGAAUAUAUGCAUGAUGAAAAGUGCUCACUUGCCAAUUUCCUGUGUAUAAACAAUUGCCACACAUGAAAUUUAGCUUCUUCAACUAAGCAUGUUUAUGCUGCACCCACUUGACAUGGUUUUAAACUGGUUCAUACUUUCAAAUUGCUUCAGUUUUAUAAAAUAAAAGUGCAUUGACCAAUAUUGUCCUUCAGAGGUGAAUUAAAAGUAAGAAACAAGGCUUUUCAUCCGUUGGCUCUCCCCCAAAACCCUAUUCUGAGUUUCCUAAGGCAAACGAGAUUUAUUUCUGUCUUUCUUUCACACACAGAAGAUCUCUAUAUGAUAAUCCUUCCCUUCACAAUAAUGUGUACACAGUCUAGAAGGCACAUUCUCCCAGAUAAGCCCUAUAAGAGUACUGAACCCAGCCAGAUGUGCAGGGUAUAAAUAGUAGUAAUUAUUAUUAGUAUUAUUACUACUACUGAACACCUUUGCCCAUGUAACUAGCAUGGUACACACACUCCCCCCCCAAAGGCAGUGAUAUUGAUGAAUUUUUUUAUCUUACAAGGAGUGUGGCAACUGUGAACCUUCAGUGUAAUCAAAAUUUUGCCUUGUAGAGGGGUAUGAACACUUGCAACCUUUGCUGAAAACUCAAAAUGGAAGGAAGUGAACUAGGGGUGGCUGAUCUCUGGCUCACCAGACAUUGUCAGACUCCAACUCCAUGGAAUGGCCAUUACGGAACGGCGGGAGUCGGGAGUCCCAACAACAUCAGAGAGCCAGAGGUUAUCCACCCCCAGAGUAAAGAAUAAACUAAUAUUCAGUGAGCAAGAGUUAAGUAUUUGAAAAGCAUCUUUCUGUUUUUUUAAAGAUGACGAAGCGCUGCCAGUCUUUCCUACGAGAAAAAAGAAGGUUCAGUUUGGUGACGAAAGCAAAGAAAAUGCUCAGUCUGAGGACAGCCUGGAGAAUUUCCCCCUCUCGAAAGAAAAAGGUUGUAAUCUGAAGAAGCGUCUCUACGCUGCCAACCUGCGGGCUCAAGCCCUUUGUGAGCUGGAGAAACACUACCAGCUCAAAAGCCGCCAGCUUCUCGGAAUGCGCUGAAUAUUUGUGUGUAUCGUGUACAGAACUGUGAUGUUUUCAGUAGUGCCAUUUAAGCUGAUGUUUCUUGUGGCGUGUAUGAUGAAAAGCUGCGUAGGAUGUUUUUAGAAAAGGUGUUAAAAUAGUCUUUUAAACUCUAUGUAAAUAAAUGUAAAUAAUUGUGUGGUUGUGUGCGAAUAACUCUUUUCCUUAGAGUUUGCAUUCUUAUGCAUUUGCCUUGCUAGUGUUGCAUUGCUAGGCCAGUUUUAAAUAUAAAUAUUCAUGGCGUGGUUAGCUAGAUUUUUUUUUUUAAUGAUUACGAUGUGAUUUUAACAAAUAGCACAACACUGGAUAUAAGAUUUAAGGAAGUGAUUCUGCUGCAUCAGAAGAAGAAAAAAACCCUCACUUUGAGUCUCUAAAUUUAGGUGUGUAUAAUAGUUGGAUUUUUACAAGCAUAAUGUUGCACCUAGCGCAAUAUCUGUUCCUUCUAAUUAGCUGAAUUACUCCCCCUGCAAAGUUUUCUGAAAUGUUACAUUGUUUAAUGAAAAAUGUUAAAAAGAGAGCCAAGUAUGUAAUGUGUUCCAGGACAUCCGCACAGAACGGAGUAGAUAUCAAAAUUUGACUGGAGGAAAAGGAUUUACAGGUAGCCUUUUGUUUAAAGACUCAUUUCUCAUGAGAGGUUUUAUACAUUAAAUAUGGUUGUACAUGAGUUCUUACGUCUGAAGGAAGGUCAUAAAUUUCCCAGGCAGGGAGAUCUAUGGACUUCAGAUGUCAGGAUGCAUACAUACUCUUUGGAUGAAGCAACAUGUUAUUAAAAGCAGAAGUGUAAAUAGUCUUGUAUGCCUUUUUGUCUUUUCCACACCUUGUGAUGAAUGUAUGAAGCCACUUUUGAUCUCUUUCGUUAAUCCAAAACAUUGGAUAGAAUUUAAAUAGCUUAAUUCUCCAAUGGCCUGGAGGUGGUGCCCUUGUUCUGUUGAUGUGGUGAUCCAGACUUAUGCCUCCGCUGCAAGUGCCUAUAUGUGAAAUUAACGCCUGUCUGCUUCAGUAGAGCUUACUGUCAAAUAAAUUUGGC